AUGGGCCAUCUGGACAUUCUCAAAUGGUUGCUGCAGAACGAGUGCCCAUGGGAUGGAACCACCUGCUCUGCAGCUGCCGAGGGUGGGCAUUUAGAAACUCUCAAGUGGGCUUGGGAGAACAGAUGCCCUUGGAAUGAGAAUACAUGCAUGUCAGCUGCUGCCAAUGGCCAUUUGAAAAUCCUUAAAUGGGCGCAUGACCAUGGAUGUCCAUGGGAUGGAACCACAUGCUCUGCCUCUGCUCGAGGGGGGCAUUAUGAAAUUCUCAAGUGGGCUCGUGGCAAUGUAUGCCCAUGGGAUGCAAGGACAUGCUCUGCUGCUGCCCAAGGUGGGUACCUUCAAAUCUUGAAAUGGGCGCGGGAGAAUGGAUGCCUGUGGGAUGAAAUGACGUGUUCUAGUGCAGCUGGAGGUGGUCAUUUUGGUAUCCUGAAAUGGGCCAGAGCAAGUGGCUGUCCUUGGGAUGCAGCCACAUGCUCAGCUGCUGCAUCAGAUGGGUAUCUUUACAUUGUUCAAUGGGCCCGUGAAAAUGGCUGUCCUUGGGAUGCACUCACAAUCACUUGUGCUUCCGCAUCAAACCAUUUGGAUGUUGUGCAAUGGGCUCGUGAAAAUGGCUGCCCAGAGCCACAGUUUGGGUUCUAG